CCGCUGCAGCGGGGCAUGAUGGGAGUUGUCGCCCACAGCAGCCGGGAAUCCCGGUUAGAAGAGGGGACACUCGUAAUUGGGAGCCCCCCCCCACCCGAAGGGAGGCGCGUGGGUGUCCCUUUAAGGCGGAGCUGCCUCCGUCCCAAGACUGUCCUUCCGCGGCCACCGUCGGCGCUUCCGGCAGCCCCCUCACGUGACCCAAACAGCGGCCGCGAGACCGACCCGCCGCUUCCGGUCCUGCAGCCGCCGCCGGGAAGGAAGGAAGGAGAGGAAAGAAGAGAGAGAGGAGGAGAGAAGGCCUUGGCGCUGACGGGGAACCAGGGGAUCGAGCCAGCCAUGGACUGGCUUAUGGAGCACGAGAACGACCCUGACCUGGACGAGCCGUAUGUGGCACCGCAGGGCCACGUCCUGAGUCCAGAGGAGCCCCCCGAGGGAAGGACUCCAGAGGCUGUGCCGAGUGGAGCAGAUCUGACACUAGAGGAACUGACCGAGGAGGAGAACAGACGUCCCCUGAGCGAAGAGGAGAAACAGGAGCAGACGAAGAGGAUGAUGGAGCUGAUCUCCCAGAAGCAGCGCGAGCGCGAGGAGCGGGAGAAGCGGGAGAGCAUUGAGCGGGAGAAGCAGCGCCGGAAGCAGGGCCAGGAGCUCUCCCUCAUCCGCCAGAAGCUGCAAGAGGACGAGAUGAAGAAGCUGGCCGAAGAGCGGCGCCGGGAGAAGAUGGAGGAGAAGCUGGCCAAGCAGCGGGUGCGAGAGAAGAUUGAACGGGACAAGGCUGAGCGGGCCAAAAAGUUUGGUGGCGGUGGCAGCAGCAGCUGCAGCAGCUCUUCCCAAGCGUCCAGCCCGCCUGAGCCGACGGCCCCCGCACUGCCGGUGCCCUCCUCGCCUAGCCAAGAGCCCCCCGUCAAACGAGAAUAUGAUCAAUGCAGGAUACAGGUGAGACUGCUGGACGGGACGUCGCUCACCCAGACCUUCAAAGCCAAAGAGCAGCUGGCGGCCGUGCGGCUCUACGUGGAGCUGAACCGCAAGGAUAGUGGUGAAGAGCCCUUCAACCUCCUCACGAGCUUCCCCCGGCGGGUCUUCACCGAGGAAGACAUGGAGAAGCCCCUACAGGAGCUGGGUCUGGUGCCUUCAGCUGUCCUGAUUGUGGCUAAGAAGGGGAACAGCUGAAGAGUCCUCUGCUGCUGCCGCUGCCACCGUCACCUCCGCCCACCCGCCCUUUCCUGCUCCUGCUGGGGACAAAUCCCCCCCACCCUCCUUGUGCUCCAACCCUGGCGGAGCCCCACCACGGCCCCCCUCUGGCUUCCCCACUCAGCUCUGAUCACAGAGACUCCAAAGCAGCAACGUUGCUUGGACUGGGGUUCAGGAUCUGCUUGGGGGUGGGGGCGGGGGGAGCGGAAGAGUCUGGCUGUCUGACGAGAAGCCGCCUGGCCGGGAGGAGGGCAGCACUGCAAGUUGGUUUCCCUCUGGUGCCAUCCGUGAAUAAUAAAACAUCUUCUCUCUUC